AAGAUGAGGAGGACAAAGGCUCGUACAAGAGCGCAGGGCACUGCCCUGCCAAGGACGAGGGCCAGCUGCAACAUGGACAGAUGUGCAGCUGGGCCCACACAGGUCCUACGGAACAGGCGCACCCUUUCUCAGGACGACCAGGACACCAGCUGGAAAGGGCCAGCACGCUGCAGCUGCCGUGCUGGAGAAACUGAGCGUAAGUUCAGGAGUGCGUAGGCCAAAUGCCCACCUCCCCGCGGGGGUCUAGCAGACGCGCUGACAGGCGUCCUCAAGAAGGGUCCUCAAGCUUUUCUCUGGUUUCUUUGCCCAGGGCUGGUCUUCAGUGUCACUUACAGCCUGGCGGUGGUCGUGCUCUCCCUCCAGAGGUGCCUCAGCACAGGCAUCUCCAUCCUGAAGGACAUCAUCACCCUGAAAAAGGACAGGCUCGUCCCACUCCUCGUCUUGAUGAGCCUAGCUGCUCUCGGUGAGCAUUCGCGUGCUGUCAGCAGAGGCACAGAGCUGGUGCUUACUCCGGGACCUUGCUGCUCGUGUGGAUGCUGCGGGCAAAGAACGUGCCACAGGAACACGCUCGUGGUGUGGGGGCAACAAUCCCGAGAGAUGCAACAGCUGAGGGAUGAAGCGGUGCGCCUGACUGCAGAGAUCAGCACUGUGAAGAAGGAAGUUCAGCAAAUGAGAGAGGUACUGUCAGCGACCAUGCGGACAUCUGACUGGGCUCUGAAAAGUGCAGGGUCUGCCAUCGACCUGCAGAGAUCGUCCAGCAGCUCGGCAUGGCUCUGCAGGGUGUUUUGGUUCCUGUGUGCUCCACCCCAUCUGGACACCUUUGUGCAGGCGGAUGCUUCCCCAGGAUACUGCUGGCCAUUCCAAGGGUCUCGGAGCGAGGUGCUAAUCCGGUUGCCCGCACCGGUACAACCGAUGGCCAUCACCAUACAGCACGCCUCAAAGACAGCCUCUCCGCUGGGGACUGUCAGUAGUGCUCCCCGAGAUUUCACUGUCUCUGGACUGGAUGAGGAAGGCGAGGACGAAACGUUGCUGGGGACAUUCACCUAUGCCAUGCAGCAAGAGCCGACCCAGACCUUCCCUCUGCAGAACGGGAUCCCCAGAGCCUUUCAGUUUUUGAAACUUGGCAUUCAGAGCAACUGGGGAAAACCAGGAUACACGUGCAUUCGUCGGGUGCAGGUGUAUGGGAAGAUUGCGGGAACGAAUGCCAUCAGCCAGACGCAUGUGCAGACCUCCCCUAAUUAAUAAGAAUUAAACAGGAAAAUGGAGAAACAGAGCAGAGAGAUGUGGCUGUUAGUCGGGUGCAGAGCAAUGUCAUUGCAGAGGCCCUCUCAAAGCUGCCAAGUUCUUCCUUUCGCAGGCUGAGGACUUCCUCAGGCUUUCCACUUUCUCUCCCCCACGGGG